CCCGCCAUGUGACCGCGCGGGCGCCCAGCUGGGGCGAGUUAAGUGGCGGCGGCGGGCAGCGCCGGCUGCCCGGCUGCCGCUCCCCAGAGCUUUAGCCUUGGCUUUUUUGAUUUCGUAUUUUUUUCUCCUCCAUCCUCGGCGCUCGGCACUUUUCAAACAGCAGCGCCCCGUGGAUCGCGGCGCGGAGCAAGCCGCCCCGGUGGCGCUGCAGACGGCAGUGGCGCGGGGAGCGAUGCUGCCCGCCCGSCGGGGCUCCGCGCUGCCCGCCCGGGCUCGCGGAGGCGCCGGCGCCCCCUGACCAGCCGGGUACAGGGGUGCUGGAUGCAGGCGCGACCCGGAGGCAGCACUUGCCAUGUGUGCUGGUAGCUACCGGCUGUGGCAGCGCCCGGGGCCCGGCACCGGGUAAGUCGGGGCGGCACCGGGCAGGGCGGCCCCGGGCACGGCCCCCGCCGCCACCAUGGUGAAGGAGGAGUGCAAGGCGCUGCUGGACGCGCUCAACAAGGUGACCGCCUGCUACCGGCACAUGGUGCUGACCAUCGGCGGCACCUCGGACUCCCAGAACCUGCGGGAGGAGCUCAAGAAGACCCGGCAGAAAGCUCAGGAGCUGGCCGUGGCCAACAGGAACAAGCUCACCACGGUCCUGAAGGACAAAAGCGUGAGUAAGGAAGAUAAAGCCGAAUUCGAGAGACUAUGGGUGAUUUUCUCCACGUGCCUAGAGAUCCUGGAGAUCGACAUGAGGAGAGCCCUGGAGCUGGGCCACGAGUUCCCGCUGAACGUCCCCAAAAAGCACCUGAUCCAGACGGGCAUGAGCGGGGGAACCUCCGGCGUGGCCGCCCGCGCCAUGAGCGUCCAGAACAUGAAAUACGAGGCUGAGCACAACAUAGACGUGGUGGAUUUGAAAGACCUCGAGAAUGAGAUCAACCAGGUAGGAGAGAUGAUGUACGAAAUGGAGAUGAAGGUCAAUGUGCCCCAGUGGACAGUAGAGGCUAAGCAAGACCCAGGGGCUGAACUGAAAUCCACCAUCAGCGUGGGCGCUUCUUCUAUUGGCAUGAUCUCUGUGGAGGAAAAUAAAUCCUUCUGCGAUAUCAGCAAGGUUCUAGCUGGGAUUAUUUUCACUGCUGUGCUCAUUAUCGCCAUUGUCCUGGCAGUAUGUGUGGUAAAACUGUCUUAGGGUGGUGCAAGCUCUGACACGAGCRACCCCUCUCCAGCCUGUCUCUGGAGUGUGUCAUGCCUCACCUUUACUUUCAAAAUGUGUCACUUGGAUGAGCUGGGAAUUUUAAACAAGCACUUGAAAGAAAAAARCAAAACUUCUGCCUCUCGAUAUCCUAAAACACACUAUUUGUUUCUUCAUGCUUUUUGAAGAAAAGGGAUGCAAAUGAGCCUGCAAAAUAGAAAWGUCUUGGUUUGCUGGACUUGUAACAGUUAACCGAAGUAUCAGGGUAUUAUCACUACUGGCUGUAACAGGGAUUUGCCUGCUAUUAAUAGAUCACUAUUCUCAGAAGCCUGUGGUUUUUGUUCUUCACUAGGCUCUGGUGUUUGCUGCUCGUCACUGUUUACAGUAUUGGAGAGUAACAUAAAUUUAAAGGUUAACAUGGGUAUUUUGUAUGACCAAGUGAAUAGAGUAUUUCUUUUUUUUCCAUCAAAUACAAAAGAUAUUUMUUGAGUGGAGGAAAGGGGUAAGAUGAAAACCCCACUAAAAGAAUGUAACCAACCUCUAUUUUAGAUAAGUUAAUGGAUGGGGGGGGAGAACAGAAUGAUGUUUGAUACGAAGUACUGUUUGUUGAUGUAGACUGGAUUGUACAGAACCCAAUUGCAUGAAUUGGCACAGCAUAUGUGAAUGACUAAUCGCUUUCCAAAUCCAGAGAGAAAAAAGAGAGAGUUGCAUAUUCAGAAAAAUACUAGUAAGCCUCAUGAUUCUCAUUCACAUUUACUUGAUUUUCUCUUUCCUUGCAGAAAGACUGAUUCUUGCCACUGGUUCUAAUUUUUCUUUCUGUAGCAGCAGUUUGCACUUCAUGAUUAACUAUGAAAACGGGAGCAAUGAAUCUACCCACAGUAGAUGCAGUAACAUUAGAUUUUAGCAAACAAAAAUUAUGUUAAAACAGACCAUCCCAAUGGGAUUCCCUCUCCUGUUGACAGGCAGGGACUCAUGCUUGUGUACUGUCACAUUUCUGCAAGCUCCCAAAUUGCAGAAAUCCAGACAAAGCUAAAAAUGUGUUUCAGUUUUGUAUCUCUUUCGUGUCUGAUUAAUCAUCUGGGAAACAGGAAGCCUGUAAGAUUGGUCUCGUUUGAUAGCACUACAAUUCUGGGAGGGAAAUGCAACAGCAUAAAACUUUCCAGUGCUUCCCUGUGGAAUUUUCAACAUGUAAAUGUAAAGGUGCGUGAACAGACACUUACUUAGCAGAGAAGCUUUACAAUAUUUUGAAAAAGGAUUUAUGUGUUAUGGUAUUUUUUAUUUACUUGUGGAAAUACCUUGUAGUGCUGUGAACACACACUGUCCGUUUAAGAAUGCUUGGUACAUGUGCUAYAGUGCCAUAGGUGUAUGGGGCAUUCCACAGCCAAAUAUAAAGACCCCAUAAUAUUGGGGGUUUAAGAAGCUGUUUUUCUUCAUUGAUUAUUACAGGCACAUUAUCAAAAACUAAUAAUCUGACAUGUUUUGUGAAGUCUUUGCACUUAUUAAAUAAAACUGACAACAAGCAUAAACACCUAAUAUUUGUGAGAUAAGAAAUAACAUACUUCAAAAAACUGCAGCAAACACUUUAUUCUUUAAAACUUAAAAGAACUGGAUUGGGGGGGCAAAAUGUAUUUGAAUYUGGUAACAUGUAGGUGAGAAAAAACUAGUAAGUGGAGGCCUGAAUUUUCAAAGCUAUAGACCGUGCUUAUGUUGAAGGAUCAUGUGAGCUCAGCACAGCGGUCCAGUCUAACUCCAUUCUCUUCGGAAUUCAGAGUGCUACAAGACAACUCCACAUUCCUUUCUGUUGUAUUUCAAUCAUUCCAUAGGAUACGUUUUACAUGUGGUUAAUCUAUGUCUGUAGAGAUCUCUGACAGCUUUCUAACAAAGCCAGGUCUGUAUUUCUCGGUGCUACAGYUCCAGCCUGCCUAGACAAGGUAUAAUUGCUGUGUGUUCAUUUAAAUUGGAUUAUCUCCUUCACAAUUACAAUGAGUAAAGCAUAUUUAAGGAAAAUAUAGCAAAACCUGCARAAGAAGGUAUAUAUUUGGAUUGCCWCCRCUUGUCAUUAAGGAUCUGUGGAUAUUUUCACUCUCUGCASUCUCAGUUCACAGGAAGUUGGAGAAGCAGUUGGGCUCUAUUCUGUGCUUGCUGAAAACUCCAUAUACCUUGUGAAAACAGACCGUUUAACCACAUAUUCUCAAACCCCAAGUAAUGAAUGCAAGUCUGUUUUCUGGUAGAUAAGCAAAUGGUAACACUGACAGCAUUCAUUACCAUUAUCUUGGUAUCUUCCACACACUUAACCAUAGAUAAACAGUUUAUCCAUGCUUAGUUGUGUAGAAGAAUUUCUAAGAAUAGGUCAUCUUCAAAAGCAAGCCUCAGUGGGUUGGUAAACUGUAAAUUUUCAUUCCAUUACAUUUUUUAAAAUUUGGAUAUGUUGCUAUAGGAUUCAAAGACUUUAUAAAAUCUCUUAAGUAUUUAAGUCUUGCUUUAUUAUGAAUGUGCACACAAUUACUAUUUAUAGGACUGGCCUUGAAAAAAGAAUUUUCAAAYCUUAAAGACAAAACUGGGUGCAAAUUAAUUCAUCAUUGGUCUGUUSCUAAAAAUCUAUAUCAUCUUAUGUUUAGGCUAUUUGAAAUUAAUAGAUUAAAUAGAAUUCUAACAGAGGAUUGGCACUGUCUGCAUGGAUAAAGUGCCUGCCAUUCAUCUCCUACACUUGUUUGUUCCACGUGACAGAAUUCGGCACAACUGCACAAAACCAAAACAAAGUGAAACCACCAGUGCCCAAAAGUACUGAGGCUUCCUUUAAGUUAAGAAACAGAGAUUUGCAGUCUUCAUUUAAUUCCCCCUACUGGAAUGCAACUGGAAGGAGACUGGAAAUGCUAUUUUGUAAGUGAAAAAUGGGAAUUCAUACAUCAAAAUACUCYACAUUGAAACAGCAUGAUGAAAAAGCACAGUCUCAUGCUGACUGGUGAGAAUGUAAUUGUAGUACAAAAGAAGAUGGUCAUUGAUUAAUAUCAGUGUUGAUCUGUUUCAGUUAUUUUGUAUUUAUUCACAGAAUACACACAUUAAAUUUGCUGUAUACUAAAAUCUUACUCCUGACUUGAAUUACACUGGUUUUGCCUGUGCAUGGGUGGGUGGUAUUUUCUACACUUGGAAUAAUGCAAGCCUGUUACUGUCACUAUUUAUUUAACUUAAAAUAAAGUACCUCCUUAUAACUUACUGGUUUUCUUGCACCAGUAAUUGAAACCAAACAAAACCUGUCGGAGGGAGUCCUGGGGUGAUCAGAGGGAUAAAGCACCUCUGCUCUGAGCAAAGGCUGGGAGAAUUGGGAUUGUUCAGCCUGGAGAAGGYAAACUUUGAGGUGACCUCAUUGUAGCCUUUAGAAGGGAGCCUGCAAGAAAGAUGGAAAGAGACURUUAAAAAGAACAGGGAGUGUCAGGACAAGGGGGAAUGACUUCAAACKGACAGAGGUUCASAUAAGAUGCUGAGAAGGAAUUGUUCCCAGUGAGGGURGUGAUGSCCUGGCACAGGUUGUCCAGAGAAACUGCGGCUGCYCCUGGAACUCUGGAAGUGACCGAAGCUGGGCUGGAUGGUGCUUGGAGCAACCUSGGAUAGUGGAAGGUSUCCCUGCCCAUGGCAGGGSUUGAAAACAGAUCUUUAAGGUCACUUCCAACCCAGACCAUUCUUUGAAAAGCUGGAAUAUUAAUAUAGCUUGUCAGUAGGCUCUGCUAAGCUGAAGUACCUGUUUCAACCAUAGUAAUAAAAGUAAUGUGCUCAACCCUCUCAUUAGUUUUCUUAACAUAAACGCAGCCU